CGUACGCCAUUUCUUUCCGCCCUCUUCUCCGUUACCAUCCUUCGAUCAGUCCGUUACUUCGCGUCGCCUUUUCUAUAAGUUUAGUGCUGAAGAUCGACACGCUCGCCCGGUGAUCCCCAGAUUCUUGUUGUCACCGUUGCGGGGGGGGCAGCGUGAAACCGGAGCUUCGGGCUCGGUUUCUUCGUCCUUGAGUAGAGAGCGUUCCUAGGGUUACGGAUUCGGAGCCUCGCGUUGCGACUUCAUUUGCUAUGAAAUUGGCGGUGUCGCCGUCGGGGGGAAAAUGUCGAAAGUUGCUUCUACGACGCCUCGCAGCUCCGCUUAUCUAAGCGCUCUGUCUCUGGAGAUCGAAAAGAAGCUUCAGCGGGCUCUAGCAUCCGCACCACAGAGGCGCAACUUGUUGCGAGAGCUGUUUGCCGACAUAGCAUUGGAGGUUGACGACAGAGCAAAAGAUAUAAUUCUCAGCAGGGAAGAAGAUUCGAUAUUGCCUGCUGAUGGUGGCGUACAUGGUCAAUUAUGCUACUUUGACAUCCUUGCCGAUUACUACGUUCUCUCGCCAGAGAGUGGAAAACCAAUUCUUGAUUUGAUUGUGCAGCUCUGGAGUCAGUCAUUUGCAUCUCAUAUUUUCACCCUUUUGUUCCACAAAUGGCUUUUUGAAGUUCAAGUCGAAAAUCCGGAGGUGCUACUGCGUUACUCAUCAGCUCUUGUUCAAGGUGCUACAAAUGUUUUCUGGAUUGAUAUCCAGACGAAUACCAGGCGGUUUCAGACCCUCUUUUGUUAUCUACUUGGAGAAGUUGUAUUGGAGCCAACACGGCUCAAUAAAAUUCCUGUGCAGGCCCAGCGAGAGCUGUAUCUGUUACUUUCAAGAUUCAUGUUCUUCUAUGACUCAGCUGAUAAACUUGAAAGCUUCUUGAAGCAUUGCCCUUCUUUUCCAAAUGCUUUCCUGGUUGGUGGUCCAGCAGAUAUAUUUGUCAUUGAACUUGCAGACCAGCUUCAGAAAUUGAAGGUGGAGCCUGUGCUUAUCCAUUAUCUUUCACAACUCAAGUAUCUUCAGGGCAUGGAACUGCGAAUGGCUACUAGUACAAGGUUGAAAGCUUGUUUGUAUAGCUUCACCUCUCCUGGAGGUCCAAUGUAUCCCACAAGAGUUGUUCGCCAUGCCGCUUGGGAUGCGCUAGAUCUGCUUUUUCCAGUGGGGCGGUAUCCUCGACAUCUCAUAAGUCUAUUUUUCCGGUUGCUAUAUCCAUGGUACUGGCCGUCUUCAUGUUGGCACUUUGUAGUCUCGUGCAUUAAGGCGCUUUUGUAUGCUUUCCUGGGGUUUGUAUUUUCUAGCUGGGAAAGGAUGAAGAGGCCGAAGAUGGCUUAAAUUGUGACAUUGUGCUUUAGGUUUAUUU